UAAAGGUAAAGGUAAUUUGGCUUCUGCUUGAAUGAUAGAAACAAAUAACGACGUGUGUACUUAUUGCUGUUAUAACGUGUUAGUGAUUUUACUGAUCAAAAGACAUAAUGAAUCACCUUUUAAAUCCUAACUAGGUGAUUCUACGAGACACAUACUAUUUGCUUUUCUGUAGAAAAUACAUUGAGAGAUAACGGAUUUAUCAUAAAUUAUUGUGUUAUCAGUAAACUAAAUUUAGAGAUAUUAACUAGGAUUUGGAAAUUUGUGACAAAAUGUGUGAAAACCAUAGAAAACAGUUGUAUUGUUUGUACUGUAAAACAUGCAAACGUCUUGUAUGUCCGGAGUGUAUUGUAGUCGCACAUUCGAGGCAUGAUUUUGACAAUCUGGAGAACACUCUGCGAGAAAACAUAGAUUUGUUAUCAUGUGUUGCGUCGGAUAUACACAAUAACCUCAUAAAUGCGUACAUCCAACAUGAACAUGCAUUGGACGGAAAUAUAAUGGAUGUCCAAAAGGAAUAUGACAUGUUAAUGAACCGAAUUUUUAGACAGGAGGAAAAACUCAAGAUUUUUAUCGAGGAAGAAACAAAUAAGUUGCGAAAUGAUUUAACAAAUGAAAGAAACCGUGUGGUAGAUUUGAUAACAGAAGAAAGAGUUCAUUAUUAUGAGAAAAGAAUCAAACUAAAACUAUUUAAAGACAAAAUAGAACAUAAAAUUUUAAUUGAAAAUAAUCUAAAUGAUGUUAUUGAUACUGUGAAUGAAUUUGAUUCAAUGAAUAAUUUUCACCCAAAAUACGUAGCGCAUAAGGAAAUGAUGAUAGACUAUAAAGAAGGUAAUAUUACAACUCAAACAAUAAACAAUUUAGUCGGCUUCGCUUUCCCGAAGAAAUUGGAUGUACGUUUCAGUGUUAGUCAGUCUCACCCUACUGAUUUAUCGUCUAUUAUUACAAUUGUGAGUCUAGCCCCUAAUACAGCAUGGUUUGUUGAUAACAUUUCGAAUUCACAAUCUAAGAUAUUACAGAAAAUAGAGAUAGGUGAAAACAUUAGAAAAAUAGACGAACACCUUGUUUCUUUAUCUGAUAUAGACGUUUCGCCGUCGGGGGAACUAUUUGCUGCAUUUUCAGUGGAAGGUUGUAUUAAACGUUUUACAUCUUCAGGCAAGUUCGAAAUGUUUUAUGAUUGUUCGCCGCUUAUACUAAGAGGACUACAUAUCACAAAGUCUGGACAUUUGCUGAUAGGCGUUAGGGAAUGUGGAAUAGCUUUUCCUAUAACAAACCGCAGUUCGCGACAAAUUUUAGUUAUUACAAAUGACAGGAAACUAAAGAAAAUCCUCGAAUUUGAUCCAUUUGGGAAACGUCUUUUCUCUGUUCCUCUUCAAAUUACUACGAACAACAAUGGCGAUAUAUGUGUAGUAGAUGCUGUUAGUAUGACAGGAGGAAGAGUAAUUGCAGUUCGCGAAUUAGCAGAGAUAAUAAAGUGGGAGUAUUUAGGCCACAAAAGUGUAAAUUCUAGAAAAUUUCCUUUUAAUCCGGACGGCAUCGUGUGUACGAAGACUGGAAAUAUAAUAGUAUGUGAAAAAGAAACACACACUCUUCAUAUUCUGUCAGAGUUUGGUGCAUUCAUACAUUGUCAAAAUCUUGAAACUUCGUUUGGAAUUCGUUGGCCAUGUAGCUUGACUAUAGAUAGGACAGAACUGUUGUGGAUAGGAUGCUCGACUGCUGCAAUAGAACCCAGAAAUGCAAAAUUCCAUAUCUUAAAAUUCAGUGGCAUUUGAAAUUGCAUGCUUGGAACUAUAUACUAAGUUUAGCUCUUUUUUAAGUAUGAAGAUUUAUAUACUUAUCCAGGCUCUACAUUUCAGAAACACACAUAUAUGCGAACAAUAUAUUUUUCAUUCGGUUAUCUAAAGUGUUUAUAAAACAAUAUGAAUUAUAAUGCACUUAAUAUUGAAAAACGAGAAUAGAUUGUGUGCGUACUGAAAAGCAUGUAUGUUGUGUAAAACAAAACAAAUUUUAAAUUGGACAUGCACAUAAAGGAGUAAUAUUUCCAUUGAAACAAGUUAUUUCUAUAAUUUUCAUAGAUAAUGAAAUGUUAAACUCGCAGAUUUUUUUAAUGAUAAUAUAUGUCAGUGCCCUUUAUUUUUUAUCCAAUAUAUUUGUUUUAUAUUUUUUAUACCAAAUAUACAUAUAAAAGAUUUCAAGAA